UAUGUGGGAGUAAAUAAAUAGCCUAAGAACGGUCUGCAUUUCAACCCAGGAAAUGUUAUUUCCCCUAUUGAGUGGCAGCUGGUUGUAUUCUAUAUCCCACACGAGGACAGCAGAAGAAGCAGCAAUAUUUACUCAUGGUCUCAUUUAUCCAAGGAACUCUCCCGUCAGGCCAGUGCAAUCUGAACAAACUCUGUCUUCAACAGAACACAGAAAAGAAAUCUGAAUAAUUAGAGAGGAGGGACGGCCCUGUAGAAAGAACUACCGGCAGAGUACAGGCAAUCACUCAUCAUGGCCAAAGCAUUCCUGGAAGUGACGACUGAAUUUACCUAUGAUGAAGAAUCUGCCGUUUGUGACAAAGUGAACAUCCAUGAAUUUGGGAAAGCAUUUCUGCCAGUGUUCUACGUUCUUGUGUCUGCUCUUGGCCUGUUAGGGAACCUCCUGGUGGUUUUUGCCAUCACGAAGGGUGGCCGACAGAAGAGCAUCACAGACAUUUUUCUUUUGAACUUGGCUAUCUCAGACCUUCUUUUUGUGAUCUCUCUUCCUUUCUGGGCUUCCUAUGUGAUUCGUGGAUGGACACUUGGGAACAUUGCAUGCAAAAUCAUCUCCUCGCUUUAUUAUGUGGGUUUCUUUGGGGGCAUGUUUUUCAUCACUGUCAUAAGCAUUGAUAGAUAUCUGGCUAUUGUGCAGGCCGUAUUUUCUUUCAAAGCCAGAACAGUCAGCCAUGGCUGUGUUACCUCUCUUGGGGUGUGGUCAGUGGCCCUUUUAGUCUCAGUGCCACAUUUUGUGUUCAACCAGAAGACAGAGGAACAAUGCACCUCUGUGUAUCCUGAUCACCUUAAGAAAAUCUGGCCCAUUUUCUGCAUGGCGGAAAUGAAUGUUUUAGGAUUCCUUAUCCCAGCCUUUGUCAUAAGCUAUUGCUAUUUUGGGAUCAUCAGGACAUUGCUUGCCUGUAAAAACCACAAAAAAACAAAAGCCAUAAAACUAAUUUUAGUUGUGGUGAUUGUGUUUUUCGUCUUUUGGACCCCCUACAAUGUAUUGAUUUUUCUGGACACUUUAAAAAACUAUGAAUUAGUUGACAAAUGCAACACGUCAAUGGACCAUGCAAUGCAUGCAACUGAAGCACUAGCAUUCAGUCACUGUUGUCUCAAUCCAUUUAUCUAUGCUUUUGCUGGUGAAAAAUUCAGGAAGUACCUUCAUCGUUUGUUUCUGAAGUACUGCUCAUGCCUAUGCUUCUGUGGUCCCUGCAGCCAAUACCAGGCUAGCUCUCUGACUACCACUCCAGAAAGCAUGCUGAGCAGCAACCCAACCCAGAACACCAGUGACCAGGAGGCCUCUGCCAUUCUGUGAGAGGCUCAGUUAGCAUACCUCUAGAUCAGCGCUCCCAACCUUUUCCAGAUGGAGACCCAUUUUGACAAUUCAGGAAGAUUUGGUGACCCAAGGCAAUUAAAAAACGGGGGAAGGAGGGGAGGCAGAGCCACCUGGGGAGACACUUGGCAACCCUUUUGAAAUGUAUGGUGACCCAUACUUGGGUGCUGACCCAUAGGUUGGGAAACCCGGCUUUAGAUAUACACCUUGUCUGCGGGUCGCCAUUCAAAUGUUUACAUUUACCAAGUAUGUGUGCCUGAGUGUGCCUGAA